AUGCUUAAGCUUGGACGCUUGCUUGAAAAAGGCAGUGAAAGAAUUGAGCGCAAUGUACCAGAAGCCAUCGCGCUUUUCGAAAGAGCUGCUGAUUUAGGAAACUUACAAGCAACGAUGAAAGCCGCGCAAUUGUAUUAUCAGGGUUCAGAAGGGCUGCCUCGAGAUCUCGCAAAAGCUUUCCCUCUCUUCUUAGCAGCGGCGGAAAGCGGUGAAACAGGCGCAAUAUGCUACUUGGGUGAUUGUUUGGAAUAUGAUGAAGAGUUCGCAGUAGUUGACGCAUGCCAGCUGGCGGCCGAUGCAGAAAAUUCUUUCGCGAAAUACAUACUCGAAGUCAUGCUUCAAAAAGGUGAGCGUGUCAAGAAGCUACAUUCCAUGGCUGCUGUGGGACUAUUUCGAAAAGCAGCGGACCGUGGCCAUGGCAGGGCGAUGGGUAGGCUUGGUAUAUCGCUUUAUUAUGGCAAUGGGACACAGAGAGAUAUUGCCAAUGCCAUUGAGUGGUUCGGUAAAGCGGAGCGCGCAGCGCCCUUUGAUUUCCUGAUCAAAGCAGCGUUGGCGAAAGCUUUACUUGCAGAGGAGUCUGGGUCCUUCAAAGAUCCCAUCCGAGCUAUAAGGUUGUUAGAAGAGGCCGUGCAAUUGUAUCCAGACUACUGCUAUGGCCUUCAUCUUCUAGCGGUGCAAUAUUGUUUGCAGACUGAAGGUUUAACGACAAGCAAGAAGAGAAUUGCAGAGUUGUUCUCUCAAGCAUCCAGUUCAUCUCAUACGGUAAGACGUGAUCGCUUCCCGCUGACUGCGACGGUCAUCAAGGCUGGAGAGUAUUAUCCCGCCGUGGUCGAAAAUGUGUUUCGCAAGAGUUUUGUAAAGCCAAGGAUGUGCCUGUUACUUGUUCUAGGCGGGGCUGCGCGCGGUAAAACGUCUACCGUAAGAAGCCUUCGAGGGUUGCCUUUCGUGAAGGCUCAUGUUGCAACCGAAAUGGCUGCUUUGAACAAGUUUAUCGUUGAACCUGGUAUCCGCGGAUUGCCAGAGGAGGUGCUAAAUGAGUAUGACUUCAACGAAAAUUCUCUUCGUGCGAACGUGUCUCGGCUCGAAACACCUUCUACAUCGGCAUUUAAUAUGCAAACGGCGAAUGGGAUAACGGAAGAUCUUUUUGAAGCAGUCUCAGAUGCGUUCGCUCCGCGGCAGCCUUGCCCAAAUCAAAGCAUUUUCGAGACUAAAGAUAGAAAACAUGCUGAUGUCAUUGAGUUAAUGAGAGAUUCACUCACAUUGCCUGACUUUCCAUCUGGAUUCCGAAAAAGUGUUGCACAGGUUUGGGAUAUGGGGGGGCAGUCGAAGUAUGAGAUGGCACACUCCCUGGUAAUUGCCCGCGGAAGUAUUCUCGUCUUCGUUACAGAUUUGAAGAGGGUAGCUGAUGAAAGGACAAGAAUAAGCGAGGUGGCGGUGCUUUGUUAUUGGAUGCAGUUGGCCCACUUUCUUGUAUGUGAUGAGGCUGAGGUGCGAGUGAUCAUUGUGGGGACACGAAAAUCGCAAUGUGACGAAGUCGCAACACUGCGAAUAUUGAAGAAAAGCCUUGGAACGCAACUUUCUCCGAAGGUGUACAAUUCGUGGAUCAGGACGAGAAAAGGGUGUCGUGAGGAUUUUUCAAAGUUUAUUGUGAUUGAGAACAGUAGGACACUGCAGGGUCCUAAAGAAAGUGGACUAGAGGAGCUGGAGCGUUCUGUGGCAGUUUUGGCAGACGAAAUAGUUGCUAGAAGAGGUAAUGUUCCGGUGCGGUGGCUUGCAUUAGUGGACAAACUUGAACGAGAAAAUGCAAGACUCGGAUACUUACUGUUUCAGAGGGAUUUCGUUCUACAGGUGAGCGUAGAAUUCCCAGGAUUUGCGAAGGAUAAUGAGGAAAGAGAGAAUGAUGUGGUGUGCGCUCUGCGGUGUUUUGCUUCGAUGGGAAGACUGACGUUUUUGAAGCUGGACGAGACGGAGUGGUACGUUUUCGUGGAUGUUGGAAGGAUCGCCGGUUUACUGGGGAAGCUAACAAUGCCAGAAGACCGACUGCAAGAUCAGUUGAGCUCUGAAGAUAUCGAGAGUCUAGCUGAAGGGCAGAUAUCUCAGAGCGGAUUGUUUUGCCUGUGGAAUGCACAUUCUGAAGAAGAAAAUCAACUCAUGCUGAAAAUCCUGUGUCGUUUUGAUUUGCUGGUAUUAUUGAAGGGGACGGAAGAGUCUAUUUGGGAAGGGAACGCCAUGAUUGGUAUACCAGCUUUGAUGAGAAGUGGAUGGGAUGAUUUCAAAUGGGGCAGUACGCCCGGCGAGAAGGACCUAGAGGUGGUAACAGAAUUCGAAGAAGCAAUUCCAAACAGUCUUCUUGGCUUCCUUAUUGCUCACGUUUAUCACAUGCAGGCAGCAGGGAGAGACCCCUAUAGUCGCAUCGGGGGUGAGGCGUGCAAGUUUCGAGCAGAUGCUCUUCUGAUACGGUUGCGAGAUGGGAGCAGGGCGUUCAUGUGUCUGAACGGGAAUGAGCGCAAAAUUGUGUGGAAAUUCCGAGGAAUGAAUCCAGAGCGUUUAGCGGCGGACUUCAUAGGCAGCCUAGAUGGGGGCACGGACAACUCUUCAAGGAUAAUGAACGUCAAUCAUAGGCACGUUAUUUUUUUAGAUUGUAGUGUUUCGCGGGAGGGUUGCGGUGCAUUCCGGAGUGUUGAAAUCGAGCUGUCACGAGAAUGGCUUUUGGAAAGAAACGGAAAGAGGGGUGUUUUUGACUCUGAGCUGCUGAAACGACUGGCACAAAUAAUGGGAAGAUAUCAAGAGUCCCUACCGGUAGAAGGCCUAUGCUGCCGAUCCUGCUUUAGACCGUGGACGAUCUCAGAUGUGGAGCAUUCUUUGGGGCUGACCCAGACUUGCCAUCCAGGAGGGGUCAGUCCCCUGCAAAGGGUAAUGCCUCCGAACCAUUACGACGUGUUCAUUAGCCAUGCCGGCCCGGACAAAAUGGCCAUGGCAAACCCCCUUUACCAAAGUUUGACACGACACAAUGUGAAUGUCUUUUUGGAUUUCGAAGGAUUACAGAUUCUAGACAGCACCGCGUCCGAAGAAAUGAACCGGGCAAUGAAUGAAGCUCGCAUUGGUGUAUUCAUCCUUUCGCCAGAGUUUGCAGCGCGGGAAUGGACGAUGCGGGAACUUCGAUGCUUUCUCGAUCGGGACGAAACGUGCAGGCUCGAAAAGCGCAGUAGACCGGUACUACUGCCAAUCUUUCAUCGACUGAGUCUGACUGAGUGUUCAAGGUGCGAUGAGCUUGUCUACAAUGAGAACAGCGAGCACUAUGAACUUUUGCAGGCGGAACGCUUUUAUGAACAGUCUCGGCAGGACAUUUGCACAACGGAGGGUGCAAUCGCAGCUCUGAAAGGGUUGAGGAGACAUGCAGGAGUAGUAAAGCAGAGGUUGGGAGGCGGAGACUAUCUAUCCAGCGCUGAGCUCGUGGAAACCGCAGCAGAAAGGAUCUUGGGAUACACUCUGAAAUACAGAGGCCUGGCUGAGGAUAUGAAAUUGGGAUGUGCACAGCACGAGUGAAUUGUGACACGCAAAAGCAGGCUGUAACUGUAACUGUGAGGAUAAGCUGCCUCCAUGAAAGAGCGAUAAGAAAAACAUGUUUUGGGUUUUCGGGUGUGCAGAAUCUGGUGGGAGAGUGCCUGGAAGUGAAAGUCAUAGAUAGUUUGAGGUAGUGUCGUAAGAAUGCAAAAGGUCCCUGCUGUGCCUUGCACGCUGGGUCCCGUUUCAUGAUCGAGUUGGUACAUAACUUGGUGUGCACAAGCUUUAGGAACAGUUUGAUGAACCGAGUAAUUAGAUUUUCAAUCACGUUGUACAGUUUCAGAUCCCUUCAGACAAUAAAACACCAUCCUGCUUUACCA